GGCCAUCUUGCGGCACUAACCUCUACCGCCUUCUCCGUUCAUGACGAAUCGUCUUCAGAUGUCACUAGCGUUUUCUUCCACUUCACCAUGUGGUCAUGCGCAGAAAUUCUUUCUAUAUAGGCUGAAAAAUAUGUGAAGAUGGCUUCUGCUUCGGUACCACUACUGAUGGAUGACGAUACUAUUGGAUUUGGUGAGGAGGAUGAUAUCCGGAGUGGAAAACUCAAGCAUCCUUAUGUCACUUUUUUCCACCUGGCAUUCAGAAUAACAGGGAUAGUAACCUACAUGCUGUGCGAAUGGUUUUCCGACAGUUUUAUAGCAAGUUUUGUGACAGUAAUUUUAUUACUAUCCAUGGACUUCUGGACAGUGAAGAAUAUCACGGGAAGAUUGAUGGUGGGACUCAGAUGGUGGAAUUACGUAGACGAUAACGGCAAUAGCCACUGGGUCUUCGAGUCAAGAAAGGGUUCACAGCAGAAUCGCAUAAAUCCAUCGGAGUCGAGAAUUUUUUGGCUAGCUCUGAUUCUCUGUCCAAUGCUCUGGAGUAUUUUCUUCAUAGUGGCACUUUUUGGAUUGAAAUUCAAGUGGUUACUGCUCGUUUGCAUUGCUCUGAUACUCAGUGGAUCGAAUCUCUAUGGAUACGUUAAGUGUAAAAUGGGGAAAGAUCAGAGUAUGUCAACAGCAACGAGUGACUUUUUAAAGCGACAAGUUAUGCAAAAUGUCAUGGCCUCGAUGAUGACCAAGAGCCCACCAACAACGACCCCCGGAGGACAACAGCCCAAUAUCAUUUAAUUAACUUCGCCAUUUGUGAUACUCCUGUCAUGAGUCAUUAUUUAAUUUGCAAUUUUUUUUUGUACAUACUAUUUCUAAGUGUUUGCUCCUGUCACGAUACGUUUUGUAACCAGGUUUUGACUGAUUUCAUGAAUAAUUGUCUGGAUCGCUGCUGAUGUUCUGUUCACAAGGAUGUAGGAGGAAAUUUUAUGUUCCAAAUAAAUGAUAAACAAUAAAAAUUUA